GCAGUGUGCAGGCUGCACGCAGCAAGACAUAGCCGCUUCAUCGUUGAAUUGAGUUUGACCUCAGACUUCAGAGUCGAACGCUGGCAGUGAUUAUAACCUUACAAAGUCACGUGUACCCGGUAGCUGCUUCUGAAGUAUAAUUUAAUCGUUAAAAGGCUAGUUUUAUAAGGAGUGAUUUCUCAUUUCUGAAAGUUUUUCUCAUUUGUUCAUUCGUACAAGAAAUGUUAAUAAAAUGAAUAAAAAUCCAAGACAAAACGGCCGUAUUACGGCGAAACAUAUCGAGCUAACAAAUCUUAAGUUUUCUGUUUUGACUGAAGAAGAUAUUAAACAUUUAAGUUGUAAAAAAGUUACCACCCCUGAUUCAUUCAACAGCUUGGGACAUCCUUUACAUGGAGGCUUACACGACCCACAUUUAGGUCCACUGUCUGAAACAUCAGAACCAUGUAAAAUCUGUAAUUCUAAUGUAUUUAAAUGUACUGGUCAUUAUGGUCAUAUUGAAUUACCAAUGCCUGUUGUCAAUCCAAUGUUUCAUAAGGCUUUACAAUUAGCAUUGAAAAUUUCAUGCUUGAGCUGUUAUACUUUUCAAAUGGAGCCUUAUCAAAAAGUAUUACUUGCUUCUAAACUGAAACUUCUUAGAAAAGGUUAUAUUACGAAAGUAGAGCAAUUUGAAUCAGAUGCAGCGAUUUUUGCAGGAGUCCCAUUAGACAAAGAUUGGAAGAAAGACAUUGAACUUGUUGAAAAUCUCUUUCAAGAAUACAUUCAAAGUAUCGAUGACAAUGCCAAAUCUAAUAACUCAAAUAUAAUCACUGAAGAACCUGAUUGUCUAAGUAACAAAAAUAUGUACUCUCUGUGGUAUGAUUGCAUAAAUAAAUCUAUGAGUAAGGAAAAGUCAAAGGCAACAGAUAAAGGCACAAAAGAUGACAAGAAAUGCAAAAACUGUAAAGAGAAGUUAUGGGAAAUUAAAGUUACAAGAAAUAAAAUUAGAAAAAAAUAUAUAAACUCUGAUCAAUGUUUACCAGUUAUGCCAGAUGAGUCAAAAAAAGUUCUUAGAAAUUUAUGGGUAAAUGAAAAAGAAAUAAUGAGACUCAUGUUUCCUUGCCUAAACAAUAUAACCAUUGAAUAUCCAACAGAUAUAUUUUUCUUCAGCAUAGUACCAGUAUUACCAUUAAAUGCUCGACCUGUUAACUAUAUGAACGGUAGUUUGAUCGAGCACCCUCAAACUCAGAUCUAUAGAUCAAUCAUUGUUAACUGUUUAACUCUGCGCAACAUAAUUCAAGCCAUUAAAGAUGGAAAUACCGAUCAGCUUCCGGAGUAUGGAAAAAAGGCAUUGAAAGAGACCAGAGGGGAGACAGAUAUGGAAAAACUGCACAAUGUCUGGACAGAGUUGCAAUCCAAUGUUGACCAUACGGUCGAUAGAGACAUGAGCUCGACCACCGAAUCAGCAAAUUGCCAAGGUUUGAAGCAAGUGAUAGAAAAGAAAGCUGGCGUGCUUCGCAUGCACAUGAUGGGCAAGCGUGUGAACUUUGCAGCGCGCUCGGUCAUCACACCGGACCCCAAUCUCAACGUCGACGAGAUCGGCAUCCCCGAAGCGUUCGCCACAAAAUUGACGUAUCCGGUGCCGGUGACGCCCUUCAACGCUGCCGAGCUGCGCCAAAUGAUCCUAAACGGUCCGAAUGUUCACCCGGGUGCUACGAUGAUCGAAGAAGAUGGCUUCGUGAAGCGGCUGAGCUCCACGGACGCGGCACAGCGCCAAGCCCUGGCCAAGCGACUGCUCACCGCGGACGACAAACCCAACAAUACAUUCAGCACACCGAAGAUCGUCCAUCGUCAUCUGCAGAACGGGGACAUACUGCUGCUGAAUCGUCAGCCCACCCUGCAUAAGCCCAGUAUAAUGGGCCACAAGGCUCGAAUUCUGCGAGGUGAGAAAACCCUGCGUCUCCAUUACGCCAACUGCAAGGCCUACAACGCCGAUUUCGACGGCGACGAGAUGAAUGCCCACUUCCCGCAAAACGAGCUGGCGCGCGCAGAGGCCUACAACAUCGCCAACGUCAGCAAUCAGUACCUCGUACCCAAGGACGGUAAACCGCUCAGCGGUCUCAUCCAGGAUCACGUUAUCUCGGGCGUGAAGCUCACUUUGCGCGGCAACUUCUUCACCAAGGGCGACUACAUGCAGCUCGUCUUCUCAGCGCUGUCGGACGUCCCGGGCAAGCUGAGCCUGCUGCCACCAAGCAUCAUCAAGCCCGUGCAGAUGUGGUCGGGUAAGCAAGUCAUCUCCACCAUCAUCAUCAAUCUGAUACCGCGGGGCCAGGCCAAGAUAAAUCUCGACGCCACGUCCAAGAUCGGCGCCAAUGAGUGGCAAGCGGCUAAACCGCGCGAAUGGAAGUGCGGCACAAAGUUCGACAAUGCCAACACCAUGUCCGAGGCCGAGGUCAUCUUCCGUGACGGCGAGUUGCUCUGCGGCGUGCUCGACAAGAAGCACUACGGUGCGACGGAAUACGGUCUCGUGCACUGCGCCUACGAGCUCUACGGCGGCACUACGUCCGGCAAAUUACUCAGCGCCUUCGGUAAGGUGUUCAUGGCCUAUUUACGAAUCAUAGGCUUUACCCUGGGCCCGCGCGAUAUUAUCGUCACGAGUCGCGCCGACGCGAAACGUGCCAAGAUCAUCGAGAAAUGCCGAAGAAUCGGCAAGAGCAUUCACAGAUCGAUCUUGCAGCUGCCCGAAGACACGCCUGACGAGCAAGUCGCCGCCAAGAUGGAAGAAUCUUACUCGACAAAUCCAAAAUUCCGCAACACCGUCGAUCGCAAGUACAAAACCAGUCUGGAUGAAUUCACCAAUAAAAUCAACAAAACCUGCCUCCCGCAGGGCCUCAUACAAAAGUUCCCUGAAAAUAAUCUCCAACUGAUGGUGCAGUCCGGUGCCAAAGGUUCCACCGUCAAUACUAUGCAGAUCUCCUGUCUGUUGGGGCAGAUCGAGCUGGAGGGCAAGCGUCCACCUCUCAUGAUCAGCGGCAAGAGUUUGCCGAGUUUUCUGGCCUACGAUCCAGCGCCGCGCGCCGGUGGUUUCAUCGACGGUCGUUUCAUGACCGGCAUCCAGCCUCAAGAAUUCUUCUUCCAUUGCAUGGCCGGUCGCGAAGGUCUCAUCGACACAGCUGUAAAAACCAGUAGAUCCGGUUACCUGCAGAGGUGCUUGAUCAAGCAUAUGGAAGGAUUGACGAUUCAUUAUGACGGUACAGUGCGAGAUUCGGACGGUACCCUCGUGCAGGUGGCUUACGGCGAGGACGGCCUGGACAUACUCAAAUCGCGCUUCCUUGAUGACGGCCAAAUGGACUUCUUGGUGAAGAAUCGUCGUGCCGUCGUCGAAGACGAGCUGCUCGAGCGAUUGAAAUCUACGUCCGAUGUGGACAAGUUCAGCAAACAAGCGCGUAAAAUACGUAAAUUCCAAAAGAAUCACGGCGAUCUUCUUCAAAGGAAUCGCAUCAGUCCGUUUCUCCUCUUUUCGAAAACCCAAGAACCCAAAGAAAAAUAUAAACUCAAAAGCUUAAAGAAGAGCGAAAUUCCGGGAAGAAGUAGAGGUGCGAGUUUGCUUCUGGACAAAUGGUUAAACUCCGACGAUGCGACGAAAAAUACGUACAAGGCGCAAGUUUAUAAGAGUCCCCAACCUCUUAUUGGCAAGUACAGACAGGAUCUUCACUUCGGUGUACUGAAUGAGAGUCAAGAAAAGUUAAUCGACAAUUAUAUGCAAAAGAAGAGCAAAUCUAUCGAUAGAGAUGACGUUAGAGACAUUCUUUGCGCCAAAAUCAUGAAAACAUUUGCUCCACCUGGCGAACCAGUUGGCUUGUUAGCUGCUCAAUCUAUUGGAGAGCCAUCUACACAAAUGACCUUGAAUACGUUCCACUUCGCGGGUCGUGGUGAAAUGAACGUCACCCUUGGUAUUCCCAGAUUGAGAGAAAUCCUCAUGACGGCUUCAAAAAACAUUAAAACACCCACAAUGGAUAUACCUUUCAAAAAAGAUUUACCUAAUUUAGAAAAAAUUGCCAACAGGAUAAAAAAGAGGUUGAACAGGUGCUAUCUAGCCGAUAUUCUGAAAAAUAUUAAAAUAGAACGCCAGCUUGAGAACGUGAACGGUCAUCGAAUGAAAUAUGAAAUCACUUUGGAAUUGCUGCCCUACAAAUGCUACAAAAAUGAGUUCGUCAUUCAUCCUAAGGAUGCCAUUGCCAAAUUCGAAGUGUCUUUCAUAAAAGGAUUCCUAGCAAUACUGAGUCCUAUGGCUAAGAAAAUUGGUGCGAACAUACGCUUCAAGGACAAGAAAGUCAGCAGUAAAGCUGAAAACGCCAUGCUCGAUGAUGAAUGUGAGGAUGACGAUGACGAUAAGAUGAAAACUAAGCCUCGCGAAAUGGAUCUCGGUGAGUUGCACGAGUCAUCGGACGAGGAAGAGAUGGCAGAGGACGCGGACGCGACUCUGGCCAGAUCGGUCGCAAAGCACCAAGAGAACCAAGAAUACGACGACCCCGAAGAUGAAGAUAUGGAAGAGGAGAAGGCAGACGCAGACGACGAUAAAGAGAAGGACGAGGACGUGAAACAGUCACUAAACUCGUUGAAUAACAACAAUAACAACAACAACGACGAAUGUACAGGGUCUUUGGAAGGGUCGGCGCGUUCUAUCCAGAACAGAAAGGAUGAGGUUAAGAAAAUAUGUCCCGAGAUCAUCGGCUACGAUUUCGACGUUAAACAUCACUCAUGGGUAAAAUACGAGUUAUCGGUGGAGGUCAACGUGACAAGUUUGGACAUACCGAAGAUUCUGCGAGGUGUUGCUAAGGAUUUAGUAAUCUGGGAGGUUCCUAAUAUCAAAAAAGCUUACGUUGACCCAGAUUCAAAUGGCGGAUUGAUUCUAAAAACCGACGGAAUCAAUAUUGAGCAAAUGUUCAGGUAUCAUGAUUACUUGGAGCUGAAUAAAUUGUACACCAAUGACAUUUAUCAAGUAUCCCAAACGUAUGGUAUUGAGGCAGCUAACAAAGUAAUUCUCAAGGAAGUGAAAAACGUUUUCAAUAUGUAUAGCAUUACUGUUGAUCCGAGGCAUUUGUCUUUAGUGGCAGACUACAUGACAUUUGAUGGUUCUUUCCAACCGAUGAGUCGUAAAGGAAUGGAAACUUCUGCUUCGCCUCUGCAACAAAUGAGCUUUGAAUCUUCUUUGCAGUUCUUGAGGCAAGCUACAGUUGAAGGAAAACAAGAUAAUUUGAUGACGCCUUCUAGUCGUCUGAUGGUGGGCCAACCUUCUAAAAUAGGAACAGGCUUCUUUUCUCUGAGGUCAAUUUGUAGUAAAUAGACUGUGUAGUGUAACUAUUUAUGACUAUGUUUUUAAAUUAAUUUUGUAAAUAUUAGAAAUAUUUGUAAUGAUAUUUUCAUUAGUUAAAUU